AACUCAGUUCAGUUGAAGAAUCGGUGUGAGUAGCUCCAAUACGAAAACGGCGCGCGCGAUUAUUAUUCCGAAGCUUUUCACAAUUGAUCAUAACAAGAAAAUAAUUAAAAAGAUAAAAUAAGAAUUUGUUACAACACCAACAUUUUGGUGCUGAUGAGAUUAGUUUGUUGUUGAACUAAAGAUUUCUCACAUCGAAAGUUAACAAACGUAAUCAAAACGAACGACCUCAAUAUUGCAAUUUAUUUACAAUAAUUGGAAUCUAGAAUUGCUGCUUAAACAAAAGUGCCUUUUACAACUAAGUCUUUAAUUUUAUUAUUAUCGAAAAACGCAAAAAUCAACAUCACUUACAACAAAAACAACAACAACAUUCACAUCCAUUCGCACAGAAGAAGAAGAAGAAUCCGAAGCAGAAGCAGAAGCGACGACAGUGACAGCGCUAAAAGCAAAAAUGUCAACAUUAUCGUUGCGCAUCCAGUUGGAGGGUGGCCGCGUCACAAAGACAAUUCAAUUUCAUCCAAAUACAACAGUAUUUGAUGCUUGCAAAAUCAUUCGGGAUAAGUUCGCCGAAGCAGUACAGGGACAACCCAGCGAAUAUGGUCUAUUUAUAUCGGACGAGCAGCACCAACAGGGCGUUUGGCUGGAAGCCGGCCGCACGCUCGGCUAUUACAUACUCCAUAAUCAGGACACCCUAGAGUAUCGACGCAAGCUACGCACAUUGCGCGUUCGUAUGCUGGAUGGCGCCGUAAAGACGAUACUCGUCGACGACUCACAGCCGGUGUCGCAGCUAAUGGUGGUCAUUUGCACUAAGAUCGGCAUUACCAAUCAUGAGGAGUAUGGCUUGGUGCGCGAGGACACCGAGGCGCAGAAUGAAAACUUGCCGGACAAUAAGUUUGGCACACUGACGUUGCGCCGCAAAUUCACCGAAAAGGAUCGCGAUGCAAAGAUGGAGAGUUUACGUAGAAAGCUGAAGACCGACGAUGAAAUUAAUUGGGUGGAUGUCGGCAAGACGCUGCGCGAACAGGGCAUCGACGAAUCGGAAACUGUUUUGCUGCGUCGUCGCUUCUUCUUCUCGGAUCAAAAUAUUGAUUCACGUGACCCGGUACAAUUGAAUUUGCUGUACGUGCAGGCACGUGACGCCAUCCUAGAUGGCACACAUCCAGUAACACAGGAGAAAGCAUGUGAAUUCGCUGGCAUCCAAGUGCAUAUACAAUUCGGGCCACACAACGAAGCGAAGCAUAAGCCUGGAUUUUUAGAUUUAAAGGACUUCUUGCCGCAGUCGUAUGUUCGUGUGAAGAACAUAGAAAAGAAAAUAUUUGCUGAGCACAAGAAACACGUCGCUCUUACAGAAAUCGACGCCAAGGUGUUGUACACGAAAACGGCACGUGAGCUGCCUACCUAUGGUGUCACUUUCUUCUUGGUGAAGGAGAAAAUGAAUGGACGCAAUAAGUUGGUGCCGCGUCUAUUAGGUGUGACCAAGGAUUCGGUGUUGCGUCUGGAUGAGCGCACCAAGGAAAUUCUGGUAUCGUGGCCGUUGACAACAGUGCGCCGUUGGGGCGCUUCGCCGAAUACCUUCACUUUGGAUUUCGGUGAUUAUGCCAAUCAGUACUACUCGGUGCAGACGACUGAGGCUGAGCAGAUUGUACAGCUGAUAGCUGGUUAUAUUGAUAUUAUUUUGAAGAAGAAGCAGACCAAGGAUCAUUUUGGCAUCGAGGGCGACGAGGGCUCCACUAUGGUGGAAGAGUCAGUUGCGCCCUCAAAAGCAACAUUUUUGCAACAUGAAACGAAUAAAAUUGGUAAAAUUAACACCGAAUCACUGGCACAUCCAGAAAUUCUACGUGCGUCAGAUGGCGAAAGAAAAUACACCCAAGGCGAGGUACAAACAGUUCAAUAUGGAGCCUUCGUUGGGCAAGUUAACCACGCCCAUCAACCGCCAACGACGAAGGAAGUGCGCAUAAGCACAGUGAACCUGACAGAACCGCAGCGCGCACUACUUGGUUACAUCUCGGCCGGUCAGGACGUUUUAAUGCGCGCUGAUGAAGAGCUAAGAACAAAGGCUCCCAUACAAGAAUUGGGCACCGACUUGAGAUCAAUCGAGUGGCGUGAGAAUACGUUGGAUACUUCCAAGCAGGCUGUUACUAGUCACGUUGCCACUAUGAACGCGGCUACCGCACAAAUAAUUACGGCUUCCCAACUGGACGAAGUCGACACGGAGGCCAUUUCCGCCUCCGUUUCGCAGAUAACUCAGACAAUUCCGGAGGUUACUAAGGAGGUGCGUUUAAUCGCUGCUCUCAUGGAGGACAGCAACAAUGGCGAUCGAUUGCUUGAUGCAGCUCGCAAUCUAUGCAAUGCUUUCAGCGAUUUGCUGAAGGCCGCUGAACCGGAGAGCAAAGAACCAACGCAGAGUCUGAUCAAUGCCGCUAGCCGCGUCGGCGAAGCAACCACGCAUGUGCUCAGCACCAUAGCUGAGGAAGAAGUGCCUGAGAAUAGUGAUUUGCAUGAUAUGCUGCUGACGCUUGCCAAGGCAGUGGCCAACACCACCGCCGCUUUGAUGUUGCGGGCCAAAUCGAUCGCUGCAAGUUGUGAGGACGAGGAAUCACGGAAUCGCGUUAUCGGCGCUGCCAGCCAAUGUGCGCUGGCCACCAGCCAGCUCGUCGCGUGUGCAAAAGUUGUCGCUCCUACGUUGCAUAACGCUGCUUGUCGAGAGCAGCUUGAGGCCGCGGCACGCAAUGUGGCGCGCGCCGUCAACAAUCUGUGCGAGGUGUGCAACGAGGCCACCAAUGAUCCGAAACUGAAGAACGAUCUGCUUGCUGCUGCGCGUGAUGUUUCGAAGAGUUUAAGCGACAUGUUGGACCACGUAAAGUUGAGCUCGCGCGAAUACGCCAGUCGCACCAGUCAAGAGAUGAGCCCAGUGGAAAAUGUGAUCAUCGGCACUGACAUUUUGGUAGCAUCCAAUGAUCCACAAGAGAUGGUUCGACAUGCAAAAACACUGGGCCAGGCCACAGCACAAUUGAUACAGAGCAUCAAGGGCGAGGCAGAUCAGCAGAAGGACGAGGACAUGCAACGUCGAUUGCUUUCGGCUGCCAAGCAACUAGCCGACGCUACGGCAAAACUUGUCGAAGCCGCGCGCCUCUGCUCGGGUAAUCCACAAAAUACCGAAAACCAAAACGCGUUACGACGCGCUGCAGAAGAGCUACGUGAAAUCACAACUACAACAGCCAAUACGCCGGCCAUCAAACGAAAUCUUAUACAUCGGUUGGAGUACUGCUCCAAGCAGGCUGCUUCGGCUGCUACUCAGUGCAUUUCGGCGGCACAGAACGCGGUGCAGCAUAGCGACGACCACCAAACCAAGGAGCAACUGCUGCAGGACUGUAAGCGCGCAGCCGACACGAUUCCACGACUCGUGACAUCGGUGAAGACAACUCGUUCCAACCCGGAUGAUCCAAAUGCGCAGCUGAAUCUGAUAGAAGCUGCCGAGCAAUUCAUUGAACCGGCCAUUCAAGUAUCGCGAUCUGCGCGUGCUCUACAGCCUACAGUUACCGACAUACCGUCGGCCACUCAACUUUCGAAGAGUGCAUUAUACCUUGGUCAAACUGUGUCCGAGUUGAACUCGGCGGCACAGCGUGCGCGUGAAGCCUGUGGCGGCCAAGAACUCGAAUCUGCUUUGGAGGCGGUACGCAAUUUGCACAACGUUUUGGAUGACACUCGCAAGGCAGCUCAGUCAGGCAAUAUUCGUCCGCUUCCUGGCGAGACUGUCGAGAAUACUGCCCAGCAAUUGCGUGUAUCUGCCAAAAAUGUGGGCAUUGCGCUCAGACAACUUUUGUCCUCAGUUAUACAAGAGCAACGCCGAUAUGCAGGCGUGGCUGGACGCGAUACUGCAUUGGCGCUCGGUGAUUUCACAAAGAGUGUACAUGGUGUAGCUGCAACCACGAAGAAUCCAGUCGUAAUUGACUGCGCCGACGAAGUAGUGUUACAUUCUGCACGGCUGAUUGAGGAAGCACAGCGCACGCUGCAAAAUGUCGGCAGCACCGACGCAUUGACCCAGGCUGGUCGCGAUGUUACAGUCGCGCUUUCGAAGACUGUCGACUGCAUACCGGGUCAGCGCGAAGUGGACAACGCCCUGCGCAAUGUGAGCGAAUUAAGUGAGAUACUCUCGAUGAGUGAAUUCCCACCAACGGAUCGUAACUACAACACGUUGCAAACAGAACUGAAGCAGGUGGCAGAGGGACUCAGUGUAGCCGGCGGGCAAAUCGUGCAAGCGUACAAUAGUCCCGCGCAGCUGGCAGAAAGUAGCCAAAACUUCGCCGGAAAUUACCGUGAUCUACUAGCUGUCUCAAUGGAGAUGGCUGGCCAGACGCAGGAUGAGGUAGUGCGCUCCGAAAUGAUUGAUCGCCUGCGCAAUGUCUCUACGCAAUCUUGUUCUCUGUUAUCUACAGCCAAGUCCAUUGCUGCUGACCCGGGCCAACCGAAUGCCAAGAAUCUUUUGCACGCAGCAGCUCGAAGUGUCACCGAAAGCAUAAAUAAACUGGUCGACGCCAGUAUACAGUCUGCGCCGGGACAAAAGGAGUGCGACAAUGCAAUGCGCAAUAUUGAGGCGCUCCGCGUGAUGCUCGACUAUCCGCACGAGCCCAUUAACGAACAGGGCUACUUCGAAUGUGUUGAAAAUGCGACAAAUAAGUCACGCAACCUGGGUUAUGCCAUUUCGGAAAUGAUUAACAAUGCCAAGCAAUCAAAUCACGUUGGCUUUGGUCAGUCGGUGAACACUGUCGCGGAGUCCAUACACAGCUUGAUAGAAUCUUCAGCGCAAGCAGCCUACUUGAUAGGCGUUUCGCACCCCAGCAGUGUAGCUGGGCGGCCGGGCAUCAUCGAUCAGGCGCAAUUAUCCUGGGCGUAUCAGGGUAUUCGCCAGCACUGUGACAUCGUUAGCAGCGGCAAGUCCACGAAGCAGCAAAAGAUAUCUGCACUAACGGUAAUCGCCAAGCACACCAGUUAUUUGUGCUCCAUAUGUCGUCAAGCCAGCAUGAAUACCAACAAUCCGGUGGCGAAGAACGAAUUCAUUGUGUUGGCCAAGCAAGUUGCCACCGCCACGUCUAACUUGGUGCAGGAAAUAAAGAGCAUUGAGGAUGAGCCUUCGACUCCGACACGCGCUCGUCUCGUGGAGCCAUUGCUAGAAUCUGUGAAAGCCGUUCGGCAAUAUGCUUCCAGCCCGGAAUUCAUCUCUGUGCCGGCGAAAAUUUCCGCUGAGGGACGCAAGGCUCAAGAACCAGUCAUUAACGCAGGACGCGGUGUUAUCGAUGGUGUCAUCGAAAUGGUGAAGGCUGCUAAGUCAUUGGCACUCUCACCCGACGAUCCGCCAGUGUGGCAACAGCUCUCAAAUGCUUCAGCUCCCGUUUCCGAAUCGGUAAAGCGUUUGGUAGACAACAUCCGCGAAAAGGCACCCGGUCAGGCGCAAUGUGAGCAAGUCUUGCACACACUGAAUACGUGCACCCGUGAAUUGGACAGCUGUGCCAUGGCGGUGAGCGCUCAGGGAUUGAGUCAACGCCGCGACAAUAAUCUGCACGGAUUCAGUGGCCAGACAUUGAACUCUGCCGCUGAGCUAAUUGACAAGCUUGAGCCCAUACGCAUGGCUGGCAAAAACAAUGCAGAACAACUCGGCCAUGCUGUCGGCGAGAUCUCGCGCUAUAUUGUGCCAAUGGUGAAUGGUGCGAUUGGUGCUUGCACCCACAUCGUCCACACCAAUCAGCAAAUGAGCCUCAUCAACCAAACAAAGUCGGUUGUGGAGAGCGCUGUAACGCUUGUACAAGCAGCCAAGGACUCCGCCGGCAAUCCGCGCUCUACGCACGCCCAUUCGCACUUGGACGAGUCCAUCGAUUACACGCGUCAAGCCAUACAGGAACUUACGGAAACAGUCGAAAAGAUCAACGCCGAAAUGGGUGUGGUAACUGGUCUGAUGGAGCAAGUGAAUCGUGCCAUUACGCGCCUGACCGACAAGCGUCAAUCGCUGCUCAACGCCUCGUACUCGGACUCAUUUGUCGAUUACCAAACACGCAUGGUGCAGUCAGCCAAGGAGAUCGCCCGCCUGGCCAACGAGAUGAACGCCAAAGCAACCAUUGAACCCCAGCUACUGCCGCAACUUGCCUUGGAGAUGACGCAGCAUUACACGCAAAUCACACAGGAUUCGGUAGGUGCAUCCACCACAACAUCGACACCGGAUGUAGCCAUGCGCAUUCGCUCGACCGUCGUUGAUUUGGGUGGGUCGGUGAGCUCCAUGAUACAAUCUGGUGCUGCUGGCGCCCGCCCCAAUGACACCUCCACCCAGCAUGAAAUCUCUCGCAAUGCACGCGACGUCUCUGAGAAGGUAGCACAAGUUUUGGCUGCGCUGCAACUCAUUCUAUCUUUCCGCCUUCUCCAGGUAAUGGUGCUAAAUGUGUCUUCGUUGCUAAAGACCGUAAAAGCUGUCGAGGAUGAGCACACACGUGGUACGCGCGCCAUGGAAUCCACCGUUGAAGCCAUUUCACAGGAGAUACGCGCUAUUCACUCACCACCUCCACCUGGCAGCGCACAAUGCGGUCCUGAAGAUUUGAUACGCGUCACGAAGAAUGUGACAUUGGCGACCGCCAAGGCAGUGGCCGCUGGUGCUUCCAAUCUGCAAGCCGACAUUGUAGCCGCCGCCAAUCUGGGCAGACGCGCCAUUUCGGAAAUGCUGCUGAUUUGUCGCUCGGUCGCUUGGAAUUGUGCAGAAACUGAGGAAUUGCGUCAGCGUACACUCGAAGCGGGUGCCGCUGUUGGCGAAUCCUAUCGCGAACUUUUGAAUGGUAUUCUGCACAAUUGUUCAGCCGACGAUCGGGUGCAUUUGUCGCGUCGCGUUGCCAAAAGUGUUACCGAUCUGGUUGCGAUGGCACGCUUGUUGAAGGGUUCCGACUGGAUUGAUCCCGAAGAUCCGACAGUGAUUGCUGAAAAUGAAUUAUUGGGUGCUGCAGCAUCCAUUGAUGCGGCUGCUAAGAAAUUAGCAUCGCUGCGUCCGCGGCGUCAACCGGAUGUAAAGAUUGAAUUGGAUGAGAAUAUGAAGUUCGAUGAAAUGAUCCUGGAGGCAGCGAAGGGCAUCAUGGCAGCCUCUUCGGCGUUGGUGCGCGCUGCCAAUGCCGCUCAACGUGAAUUGAUCGAUCAGGGCAAAGUGGCACGACGUCCACUCACCUCAUCGGAUGAUGGACAAUGGUCGGAGGGUUUGAUAUCUGCCGCUCGUCUUGUCGCUGCAGCUACGCACAGCCUCGUUGAGGCUGCACAGAAUUUGGUGCGUGGAGUGGGCACUGAAGAGAUGUUGAUUUCCACAGCCAAGCAAGUAGCCGCAUCAACAGCUCAGCUGCUCAUCGCAUGCAAAGUGAAGUCGAAUCCGAACUCGGAGGCAGGACGCCGUCUACAAGCCGCUGGCAAUCAGGUUAUAAAGUCCACGGAGAAUUUGGUGCGCGCAGCCCAACAGGGUCUCGAAGAUGAAGAGGAGAAAACGCUGAAAAUUAAUACAUCGAUGGUUGAUGGCAUGGCACAGGAAAUUAACGCGCGAUCCGAUGUGCUGCGAAUGGAGAAGCAAUUAGAAGAGGCGCGACAAAAGCUCAUUACCAUUAGGCAUGCGCGAGCGCUGCAGAAGAAGGGGCAAGGAUUCGGUACGGACGAAAGCGACACGGAGUACGCGAAUUCCACCUAUGGAACACUACUGCAGAAGAGCCAAAAUAAUACACUAAAUCGUUCGGGCUACCCUUCGGAAGUGCCGCCCACCUCACCGAGCUAUUACAGUCAGCAGCAGCAGCAAGGCAAGCAUCACUACAACUACGCAACACACCCACAACACUUCCACCAUCCAGCUGCUGUAUCACCGCCGCCGCCGCCCAUGAGCCAUCAAUAUUCCAGCGGCGCUGAAGUGAACGGCAGCAUUGAGCUGCCACCGCCACCGCCGCCACUAUCGACGACUCUAUACAACAUGCAAACAGCCACGGCAUCGGGCAGCGGUGCCGGCAGUUCCUUUAGACCUAACCCAAAACUAACAGCCAAUGCGGUGCCACGCCCCUACACCGGUAGUGCAGGUGGUGUCAGCAGCAGCAACAGCUUACUAGGUACUAACGGUGGUGGUAGCGCUAAAUUCACUCAAUCACCCAAUCCCGUAGCGAAUGUCAGUAAUUACCAGCAACAAUCUUUUGAAAAUGCAACAACAACGGCCACAAACGCCCAUCAAUCGGCGCUACCCACAUCGCAGUCAACCACUCAGAAAUCGACCGCUGUCAAUCGGAAGCUAGAAGCCUGUGUACAAGAUUUACACGACAAAACAUUCGGCCAUGGCGGUGUAGUGCAGAUUACCGGCGGUGGGGCAUACCCUGGUCAAAACUAUGAAGGUUACACCUCCAGUUAUGAAACUCGCAAUUUCGAGCAGAGCGAUGAAAUGGUGGAUAAACCCUUGGAUUCGAGCUUCUCACAAAUGACACUUAGCACUGAUGGCGGUAAAGUCAGCAUAAUUGAUCAGGGCUCUGAAAGGUUGACGUCGAUGACGCAACGUGUAAUGGAACGCAAAACUUUUAGCAGCACUACCGAGAUGCAUUCGGAAAAGAAGACACACAGUUUUCGCAUGGAGUAGAUUAGUUUUAGAUUCGAAUACAAAAAAGUAUACAUACGCAUAACUACAUAUACAUGUAUGUAUGUAAAUAUAACUAAAAUGGCAAGCAUGUUGGUGCUAUCCUCUGCGGUGUGUCAGCAGCAGCAUAUGCUUUGCCUCGAAGUUUGCUUAUAGAAUGCCACUUCGCCACUAAGGGCGCUUGAAAAAAAAAAUUGUCAAAAGUGCUUUUAACUGAACUAAUUUAUGUAUGUAUAAUAAUCUAUAAUAAUGUCUAGAUAUUAGUAAAUAUUAAUGGAGUUUUAAAAUGUUCGCCGCCGUUUUUUAUGUCGCAGCCAAAUACUUGCAAGCAAAAAAAAAAACACACA